CUAUGUUGGCUACUUGCCGGGAUGCUGAUGCUGUGUGUUUCGUAUAACCAGGGGUUAGCACUACGCCUAUCAUCUUAGGACAUACCCUUUGCAUGCGCCCUGCAAGAGAGAGAGAGAGAGAGAGAGAGAGAGAGAGAGAGAGAGAGAGAGAGAGAGAGAGAGAGAGAGAGAGAGAGAGAGAAGGCUACACGAAAAGUGCAAGAUUUCGAGUCUGUCCAGGGAGUGCGUUAGAUCAGAUUGUACACAGAAGGAUGAAUGUGAAACGAGUGGCCAACCGUGCCAGUCAACGCAAGAGUCUGUUCCGCACACUAUGAGAAACUAGUUUGAUUAGCCUAUCUGUUAUCAACGGGCGGUGCACCUGCUGAGAGCAAGCGUGUCGUUGUCAGUGACUCAGGAACUGUCAGUAACACAUCUCCUGCGAUCUGUCUUGAAAAUAGAAGUUUGCCUGAAUAUGAGUGAGGUACCAACAAGUGUAGAGCCUACUGAUGGACAGGCUCCAACAACUGAUAACAACGUGCCCGGUGAGAAAGCCUCUGACUCAGCGGGGCAGCCUCAGGGCCAAGAAGAGCAGCAGCAACAGCAGCCGCCACAGCAGCAGCAGCAGCAGCAGCAGGAGGAGGAGGAGGUUGACAUCGACCUGGAGGCCCCAGAGACCAAGAAGGCUGCCCUGGCCAUACAGAGCCAGUUCAGACGCUUUCACAAGAAGAAAUGAGGGAGGAGGGCGAAUUUCGAGCAGUCUUAUUACAAAAAAAACUUGCUUGUUGUCUUUCAUGGUGUGAUAUAGAAAAAGGCAUUUCCUGCGAAGGGGGUUAUGGCUGUCCUGCCAGUCUCUGAAUUAAUGAAGGGUUUUUUUCCCUCUUUGUUAUUGUUUGUAACUUUGUGUUUUUGGUGUGUUUUGAUAUCCAAAUGUUUACACUGACUGUGUUCGCAUGGACAAUGUUUACAUUUACUGCCUCUUGAUUAUUUUACGAGACAACAUGAAGGAAAUUAAGGAUUAAUGACCUUUCAUUGCAGUUAUUUGCGAUUUCAGCAUGCAGAGCCUGCUACGGUAAACUGAUGCAAAGUGAUGUGUGUUUAUGUCAAAAAUUACAUUUGAAAUAUUGCUAAAAUCAUUCCUACACAUGCACAUUCCAUGAACUCUAAGUAGUUCUGAGACCAUUCCAUACUAUGUCUAAAUGGCUUCUUUCAAUCAGACUGACAUUGAAUUAUGGAAUCACAGAAGUGGUGCUUCAAUCAGUUCCCAAGCCUUUCCCUAUCAGCUCAUUCAAACUCAGCUGCCAUAUUGCCUGUGUGACAUUACAUUGAAUUGUAUGUGUAUGUCUGUCCAUUCUACUGCCUAUUCACAGUCAUUCUUGGUUUGGAAAAUAUCAAGAAGCAAUACAAAAACAAAUGGUGCACAUCUA